GUGUUGACGCCACAGCUGGCAGGGGGUGGAGCGGUUAGUAAACAGCAAAUGCGGGAACUGCUGGGCCGGAGUCAGCCAUGGACUGGAAAGAAAUUCUUCGCCGGCGGAUAGCGACGCCCAACACCGGUCCAAACAAAAAAAAAAGUGAACAAGAAUUAAAAGAUGAAGAAAUGGAUUUAUUUACCAAGUAUUACUCAGAAUGGAAAGGAGGUAGAAAAAACACAAAUGAAUUCUAUAAGACCAUUCCCCGGUUUUAUUAUAGGCUGCCAGCUGAAGAUGAGGUCUUACUACAGAAAUUAAGAGAAGAAUCCAGAGCUGUCUUUCUGCAAAGGAAAAGCAGGGAACUGUUAGAUAAUGAAGAAUUACAGAACUUAUGGUUUUUGCUGGACAAGCACCAGACACCACCCAUGAUUGGAGAGGAAGCAAUGAUUAAUUAUGAAAAUUUUUUAAAGGUUGGUGAAAAAGCUGGACCAAAGUGCAAGCAAUUUUUCGCAGCAAAAGUCUUUGCUAAACUCCUUCAUACAGAUUCUUAUGGAAGAAUUUCCAUCAUGCAGUUCUUUAAUUAUGUCAUGAGAAAAGUUUGGCUUCAUCAAACAAGAAUAGGCCUCAGUUUAUAUGAUGUUGCUGGACAAGGGUAUCUCCGGGAAUCUGAUUUAGAAAACUACAUAUUGGAACUUAUCCCCACUUUGCCACAAUUAGAUGGGCUGGAAAAAUCUUUUUACUCCUUUUAUGUUUGUACAGCAGUUAGGAAGUUCUUCUUCUUUUUAGACCCUCUAAGAACAGGGAAGAUAAAAAUUCAAGAUAUUUUAGCAUGCAGCUUCCUAGAUGAUUUAUUGGAGUUAAGGGAUGAGGAACUGUCCAAGGAGAGUCAAGAAACAAAUUGGUUUUCUGCUCCUUCUGCCCUACGGGUGUAUGGCCAAUAUUUGAAUCUUGAUAAGGAUCACAAUGGCAUGCUCAGUAAAGAAGAACUCUCCCGCUAUGGAACAGCAACCAUGACCAAUGUCUUCUUAGACCGUGUUUUCCAGGAGUGUCUCACUUAUGAUGGAGAAAUGGACUAUAAGACCUACCUGGAUUUUGUUCUUGCAUUAGAAAACCGAAAAGAACCUGCAGCUCUGCAAUAUAUUUUCAAAUUGCUUGACAUUGAGAACAAAGGAUAUCUGAAUGUCUUUUCCCUUAAUUAUUUCUUUAGGGCCAUACAAGAACUAAUGAAAAUCCAUGGACAGGAUCCUGUUUCAUUUCAAGACGUCAAGGAUGAAAUCUUUGACAUGGUAAAACCAAAGGAUCCUCUGAAAAUCUCUCUUCAGGAUUUAAUCAACAGUAAUCAAGGAGACACAGUCACCACCAUUCUAAUUGAUCUGAAUGGCUUCUGGACUUACGAGAAUAGAGAAGCCCUUGUUGCAAAUGAUAAUGAAAACUCUGCAGACCUUGAUGAUACAUGAUCUCUCAAAGACUAGACUGUAUUCAUUAAAAUAAGCUUGAAUGCUGCAUGUAAAACCUUUGAAGCAGAAUCCUUAGAAAUGGUCUAAAUAAAACACUUCAUAUGUCUAUAGAACACA